AUGUUUAAAAGAUGUUUCGUUUUGUAUUUUCUUUUAGGACACUUUGGGGAAAAAUAAAAACGCUUUAAACAAAAAAAUUUGUUUCUUCUCUCUAAUACCCAAAAUUUGUAAGAAACUUCAUUAUAAUCCAUUAUCUAAUUUGUAAUCUAUAAAUAUAAAUAUUUGCAAGAGGUAUGGUAUGUAAUUGUACAUUUUACGAAAAUUAAAAAUAAGGGUCUAGAUUUAGGUUAUUAUCAAAAUAAACUUAAUAUUAUACUAAUUAAAUACAGUAUUCUAUUGUAAUAAUCAGAUAUCUCUAUUUUAUUUAAUAUCCAUACAUUUUAAUAGUUUGAAUUUUUGUUUGAAUUAAUUUAUAUAUUUAUUCUUUCAUUAUUCAUGAGUUUUCAAGAUCAUGAAGAUGAUGAUGAUUAUAUAUAAGAUUAAAUCACUUUAAUCAAUAGAAUAGCAGAACAAUAUCAUAUUGAAUGGAUUAAUUAAAAUUACAAUCUUAUCCAAAAUUAGAGGACUUCAAUCAAUUACAAAGAAGAAUAUUAGCAAAUCAUCAAUGAAGUUGUCCAUUAUAUUUUUGAUGAAGAUUAAUAUGACUUAAUAGACGAAGAGUAUCUUUAAUUAAGUAAAGUGAAAUAAGUCAGCAGCUAGUUAUAAUAAAAUGACUUUCAAAAGUAUUUGCAAUCUUAGUUCGAAAUAUUGAAAAAAAAUAUAAACAAAUUUUUUUUUUAAAUAUACUAAGAACCAUAAUUGCAAUUCAAAAUAAAAGAUAAAUAUAAAGUUAUAUUAAUUGGAGGAACGAAAGACUUUAUUUAUCUUAUUCUUAUAUAACCUGGAAUAAUAAUCAAUAACAAAUGUUAAAGGUGCAGAAUAAUUAUUAUUUUAUUAAAUUAAUAAGAUUUUUCUAUUUUUAAACGAUUUGAAGAGAAUGUUAAUUAUAAAUUGUACGCUGCCUAAUUAAUCUGUAACUAUGAUUUGAAUUAAAUUGGAAUUUAUACUAACUAAGUAUUUUGCUUAUAUGAUGCUAAUAAUUAAAUAUUUAUAUAGUAUGAGACAAACAAUACUCAAAAUCUAGUAAUCUUCUAUCAAACAACAAUGCUGUAACUAGAUAGUAAUACUUAAUUGAACUAACUUAAUUAUGAGAACUAAGUAAUUAAUUCUAGAUAAAUUAAUUCUAUAACUCCAUAUCAGUAACCUUAUUCAAUGAUAUUAUAUAAAGAUAUCUUAAUGAUUUAUUUUAAUUAAAUUGUAAAGGCUAUUUAUUGUAAAAAUGGAAAAUAAUUGUACAUUAAAAGGAAUCUCACUACCAUAAUAAAUUACAAAGAAAGUUGUAUUAGCAAUAGAAGUAAUUUAAUCUAUUAAUCAGUGAAAUUUGAUGCAAAGCACACUUAUAUAUAUUAGUUAAGUUUAAAUAAGAGAAAAAUUUUAAGAAAAUUUGAUUCAUAAGAAACCUCGGAUUCAACUGAUAUUUAUUUAAUUAAACAUGAUAAAGUAUUGGUGGCAAUUUCAUAUGAUUAAAUAGAAGCGUAUGAAACAGUACUAGGAAAAUAAGUUUUAUAUCUUCAUAAAAGAAAUGAAAUGGCAUCAAUGAAUCAAUAAUUAUAAAUUGUAAAUAGCCAAUAUUUAUUAAAUUUAAAUUAUAGUGGAUUAAAUUUGUGGAGAUUUGACCUAAAUGAUAUGGAGCACAAUAUAAAUUAGUUAAAACAAUUACAUCUAAAAUGA